AUUCGUUGGUAUAUUCCUUCUUUCAGCAAUGGGUAUCAAAAUCUUGAUAAGAUUUUUUUUCUGUUGUAAGUUGUGUUGUUAAAAUCUGCUUGUAGGAUCGGACCACAUCCUGAAGUUUGAGACAAUAGCUGACAUGACCGCUGAUGAUUGGCGAGUACGAGCGUUGCGCGCCCUCGCUGUGUAGUGUGUUGUCCUAUUCAUAUGUAAAUGAACCGUCAUAUAUACCUAGUACAUGCCCCGUCGGAGCCGCACUGAAGAGCCCAGCCUCCUGCAAGCUUUGUCGGCCGCAGGGAUCACCCGGCCAUCUGUCCCAUUGACAAACUGUAACGGCUCUUUGGAUUACGCUCCAACCUCCAAUCCUGUGGGUCUGUGGCAGCGCCUGGGUUAAACUUCAACAACAUGGCCCCCAUCCGUAACACCACCAACGGAAUGGACAGAGGUGAAAACUGCAGUGGGAUGAAAUCUGACAGAAAGGUAAAGAAAAGUUAGCUUUGAAAACAGUAUUUCUGUUGACCCUGGCUUCAUACUGACGAAGUAACUCAAUCGUUGACUGUUUUGGCAGAUGAGGAAACCUCUGGUCGAGAAGAAAAGGAGGGCUCGCAUCAAUGAAAGUUUACAAGAACUCAGAGUUCUCAUCGCUGAUGCAGACGUAAGUUCUGGUUUCUCCAGUGUAAGGCCUCUGUUGCGUGUGGAGUGGGUCUUUAAAAUUAACAUGAUUGACGUCUUGUUGAAGAUUGUUCAUGCUGCAGUAGCCUGUUGCUUAUGUUUAUCUUGUCACUCGCUGCAGAUUCAAUCAAAGAUGGAGAAUGCCGAGGUGCUGGAAAUGACAGUCAAAUGUGUGGAGAGCAUCUUACAAAACCGGGCACAAGGUAAAUAUACAUGUACAAUAACGUCAGAGCACACCAUGAAGCAAGAUCUAUGAAUAUUUAAAACUUAAACUUACCCCAAACAAGGAAACCACCUUAAAUUAUUCCUCCGCUGAACCUUAUAGUCCCAUUAAUUUAGACAAUAACAGUCAGCGCAAUAAUAUCCAAUUAACUGUAAUGCGGCUGAGGUUUUCAAUUAUUGUCUAACUCUGAAACUAAUUUAUGUUUUAUGUAAUGUUUCUGCAGAAGUGGACGCCGUGAACCGAGAGGCCUGUGAGCGGUUUGCCGCCGGCUACAUCCAGUGUAUGCACGACGUUCACACGUUUGUGUCCAGCUGUCCGGGGAUUGACACCACAAUAGCCGCGGAGCUGUUGAACCACCUCCUGGAGAGCAUGCCCCUGAACGACGAGGACUGCCUCCGGGUGAUGCUACCGGACACGGCGACAGAGUGCCUCGGCAGUAACAGCACUUGGGCCGUGCCUGAGAGCAUGUACACGUCCCUGGUGUCCCCAGCUCCCUCAACCACCUCAAGUGAUGACCUCUGCUCCGACUUGGAUGAGACGGACUCAGACCAAAGUCAUGUUUCUUCAUCAGAAGAGGCAGACAACCAGGAUAUGUUGAGCCUGCCUCCCCUAACGUAUUCCAAGUCUGUGUGGAGGCCAUGGUAGAUCAUUUGAAUAGGAAGCCUGUUUGAAACCACAGUAGAUGAUCCAGUGCUUUGUUUUAGGUUGUUUUUGUGGAGUAGGCCUCAGUACAUGGCAGAGUCAUUGCUGAGAUUACUUUUUAAGCUGGUGAAAGGCAUCUGAGAAGCUCUUUGUGUAAUUAUUUGGAAUCAGCCGUUAACCAUAACUGUAUUUAAUAAAUAAACUAUGUAAUAAGACAUGUGGGUCUUCAUUUUGAAGUGCAUUGGCUUUGUACGGGCCUGCCUUCAGAGAAGGGUUGAAUGCAUUUGUAUAUAUUUUCUUGUUAUACUUGACUGAGCUGUAUAGACGAUAGCUGUCACACUAGGAAUUAGUUGUAUGUAAAUUAUUUCUAAGGUAGGACGUCUUAAAUGGUGUAUUUAUUAGUGAUUGUAAGAAAGUCAAAUCAACUGCUACAUUUCAACUUUUCAAUAAAUAUCCUUUCAGCAAAUAA